UAUGACACUCGUGCUGUAGAUUUCAGCACCGAAGCGAAAAGGCAAGUGUUUGACUGUUGGCCUCAGGGAUAAAGAUGUAUCUUAGCGCUUAUUCAGGCUAGGUAAGUUAAAAAAGAAAGAAUUUUCUCGAAAACGGCGUCUUGUAAUUUAGGGCUAACUAACGUUAUUAAAAAGCAGCUGUAUGUUUUGCAGCCAUGUGCGCGUGCAGGCUUCUGACCGAGUCGUCAAACUAUAUUCAUUCAACGCAGUCAUUAGUAAAUCGUCCACUGCUAAGACUUACUUAUAGUAAUGUCAUUUGCGCUACCUUAUGCUUAACAUAGUUUUUGUAUUUGUUGCCUGUCGCUAAGUAAAUGGCGUCGCAAUUAUUGAAAGCUAUUCAACUUCUUAAUCACCCCAUGCGCCCUUGCGCGCUGUUUUAUAAAGCAAACGGGCUAACACGUUGUUUUAAAAAGGUUAGCUACUAAUUCAAGCGUGCCUUGAAUGGAUAACUCCCUGUACUGGUAAUGAAAAAUGUUUAUUUGGGUUUAUUAGGCAAAACACGCACUGAGCUUUAUUGUGGAAGCUGCAUGGAGUGUGUAGCCAAUGUCCUAACCAAAAUGUAUCUGACUGUCUACCUACCAUUCAGGGCCGUUUAUUCCAGAGGCGGGUAAGCAAGCCGGGGGGGGGGGGCUACUUGAUUAUAAGAGCCUAAUGGGAAUGUGCCGCUAGAUGGGGUCGCACAUUUUCUGACUUUUAGGGUAAGACAGUUCAUUUUUACAGUUAGCAAACGUACUACAAUAUUUGUAUUGUUGGUGAAAAGUUAAGUGUUCUUCGUUCAAUAGGCCCUUUGCAACAGUUGAUCAUGAGAUCAACUUUCCGUAAACACGAAAACAAUUUGAUUUUGGAACAUUUUGUUAGCACCAGCUGAAAGUGCAUAUUAAAAUUUGGUAACCUGUAAAUUUUCAGCCAUAUAUCUCAAAAGUAGCAAUUGCAACGGCGGCCAAAAAUUAGAAAGAUUUGUAUGGGAAAAACAACUUUUGCCACCCAGUCACGCUUGAAUGGUUUUCCAUACAAAUCCUUGUAAAUUUCGAAAUUUUCAAACUGUCAUGAAAUACGUCAUAAUUAUGGUCACCCUGUUGACUACUGGGUCAACUAUGCAUGCUUGACUGAACUAUGUUCCAUCACAUGUGUCCAAUCUUUAAUUUGUAAUGGCCAAGCUCUGGAUGGAAUCUUGAAAUCCCUUUGGAAAACACAUUAAAUUAAUGAAUAAAAUGGACAAGUAAUAAUUAUUAUUUCAUUGUACACUGAUAUUAAUUUACCUAAACGAAUGUAACUGCCUGGAUAUGCAGUCAUCGGCAUGUCUGAUAAGCCAGGGCUAGUGGAUAUGGCAAUCAGGCAAAUGAAUAAUUGUGGUUUUAAUUUGCCUGAUUGGCAAGCAAAUUUUUUUUUUUGGGGAAUUCGAAUUACAUACUGAAGCAUUGUAUGGCAAAUUUUUUUAAUGAAAUUUCUGUUUAUCAAAAACUGUUUUUAAAGUUGAUCUGAUAAAAUGACAUUACUACAUUUAUUAUUACAAUAUUAUUAAUCAUAGCUAUAAAAAAAUUCUCAAAUUUGAUUUCAGCUCUAAUAGGACAGUACGCGUCAAGCCUAUGUAAUUGGACAGUAUGCGCCAUCACGUACACUUAAAUAGCUUUUUUUCCUUGCUUGCAAGAAAACACCUGGAAUUUCUUGUGUUUUUUAUUUUCAAGAGGGCUAAAAUGUCCGACAAAGUGUGUUAUGGUUAUGAUUAAUAAUAUUGGUAACAGAACUUUCUGUCGUCCAAUUCUGUCUAAUAAAUAAAUCUCUAUCCAGUGGACAGUGCAAUUGGUUUCCCUAAUACUCAUCCACUGUGUGGUGAUUAAUUAUCCGGCAGAUAACACUAUCCAGCUUUUGAACACCUGGGGCCUGGUUUCUUGUUUGGGCUAUCUUAUAAGGAAAAUGUAUGACCAAACUGAUGAAAGUUUGUCUUGAAAACGAGCCCCCAAUUGGUCCUGAAAAAUGUGCUAGCGCUGAAACUUUGGACAAGAAUAAGAAAACACUGAUAUAUUUGUGCUUGGAUGUGGGCUGCAUUUAUAGGACUGUUCAAUUGCUAACAAAGUCUACGGAUAAGAUUCUAUAAUGAAGAACCAGCACAUCAGUUUCUAGUUGAUUUUUAAGGGUGUUUCGACACACAACUCCAGUAAGGGACUAGCACAAGCAUAAGCUUUGUUUCAUUCUCUUGGUAUCUAGCUUGUGAUGGAGGUGUUAAAUAACAGUCAAUAAAAACCCCCACACUUGUUUUUGAAUAUCUUUCAGGAUUAUUAUGUUUUCAUAACAUUAUCAAUGAAUUAAAAACCAACGAUGCCUGUGACUGAGGACAUGGCUGGGGCCACCGAUAAAACCAAGCAGGAGCUGCAGCAGGUGUUGCUAAACUUGCUGAAGGGGAACCCGGAUAUUCUAAAUUCAGUGAAACAAGCUGCUUCUCAACAAGGAGGUCAUGCAAAUGAAACUGUAAGUAUCUUAUUUGAAGUGUAUUCUAGUGGAAAGCUACAUUGUCCUAAAAAUAUUGUUUAAAAUUACUUUAUGAUAACAAUGAACUUUAGUUUACAAAGAUCUCUGUUGUCUUGCCCUUAUCUUUUGCUAAUAAAAGACAUUUUAUAAGGAAUACUUUCUUAUAGUCACCAAGAAGUGGUGAUGAAGGUGCCAGGAGAGAUCAGAGAAGCCCAAAGAUGUCUAGCUUCCCUGAAGAAGAAAAUAACCUGAACCAACCAGGAAGAGCAAGUUAUCAGUGGCAACUGUCAGACAGUGGUGAGAAUGGAAAUUUUUCUUGUAAAAGAAUUAAUAUCUCUGGAUAUGAGCCCUUCCUCUCUCUCCAAAAAAAAAAUAGAAUAAAAUGAAGAGUGAAACCCAAAUAGAACCAGUGUGUGUCCUUACCAAGGGUUUUUCAUCUCCUCUUGCACAGACAGAGAGAAAUUUAAGAACUCAUCGGUGAGAAAAAAAAUUGGAACUUGUAUGUUAUCUUUUAAAUAGACCUUGCAACCCCAGUUUUUUCAACUUUUUUCAUCGACAAGUUAGGGAAAAUCUUUCAACUCCGCUGGAAAGAGUGCCCUUAAAUUAGUAACAUUGUCAAGUUUGAAAGUGAUUUGUUGGAAAUUUACAAUGAUAUAGCUCCCCAAAAUCACGCAGUUUUACCUGAGACAUUUGUAUGGUGGGGGGAUACAAACUUGCCCUUCACAAUACAAACGUCUGUAAAUUUUCGCAACUUUGCAGAGCUGUAUCUUAAUUCGCUCUUGUAAGACAUAUCACUUUCAAACUUAGCAAGAUUACUAAUAUUAAGGCGCUCUUUCAAGUGGUGUUAACAGAUUUUCCUUAACUGGUACAUAUCAAAAGUUGAAAAAACCAAGUGGAAGGGUCUGUUUACUUAUAAUUCAGCUAUAAUCCACUGAAAACCAACCUUCUCUGAUACAUUUCAUAUGUUUUUGUCAUCAUGGUACAAAUAAUAUAUGUACAGCAGUGUUGGGUUCUUAAAAAACUCUUAAAAAGCCUUCAAGAUGACUGGUCUGGCCAGUCAGUUCUGACCAAACACCCACAGCUUCUGGUGUGACAACCAUUCUAUGAGGCAAAUUGCAGUUCUUAUUUUUCAGUUUAAAUUGAUCUAACUUAAUUAAAUGAUCUUUCUAAUUGAAGAUGAGGGUAUAGACUCUGCUUGGACGACAGCGACUAGAAACAUGUCACCUCGUGAACUUCACAACUGGCGAAGGAGCCUUUACUCUAUUUAUGUAGGGCAUUUGCCUUAUGACAUUACAAAGGUAUUUCUGUUAUUACUACCUAUUAAUGAUUUGUGAACAAAACAUGAAUGAUUCUCUCUUAUUACUACUUUUGUUUUGUAUGACUCUCCAUACAUGAUUGACGGCAAUAAAUAAAGAUCAACAUUAUAUACCAGUCAAUCACAAUGUAGUUGUUGAUUGAUAGGGUUGACUUAAAAAAUUGAAAAUUUUAUUCAAUGGCAGAGUUGCUGUAAAAAUCCUUUUUUCUAAACCUAGAAUCUCAAGAAUUCUGUGGUAAACAAAUUGUGCAACCUUUGGUAAGAAUGUUAGUAAGAAAAAAACAUUUCUUCCCUUUUUUAAGAGUCAUGUUCUUUUCUUGUUGUUUGUUUUGUUGUUGGUUUUUGACAGAAAGAGCUUGUGCAGCUUUUCAGUGAAGUUGGAAGUGUUCAAGAUGCCCAUUUACAACCAGGGAGAGACCGUGGCUAUACAUAUGGGUCAGUAUUGAGGGAUACUGCAAUGUUUGAUCAUUUUGAUAAUAUUAUUUUUUUACCUUCAGCUGUAUUAGUUGCUUUUCCUUGUUCAAUAAAGUUUUUGUUGGGCUGCCUGUGGCAGAGCCAAUCAAAUUUUUAGUGGAAAGUGGACAAAAAAGACAAAGUUGGGGACGCAUUACACAGAAGGGUUGUGUCCCCUCCCCCUGCAAUGGGGACAAUUAUUUGACUUUUGAGUGGGGAGCUGGUUUCAGUAAUAAACAAGAAAAAAGGUAAUAAUAAUAAUAAUAACAGUUUUAUAGUGCCUAUCCAGUAAUGAUCUAGGUGCUUAACAAAGUGAAAAAAUUAGAAUUAAAAUAAAUUGAGUAAAACAAAUUUAAAUUUAAAUAAAACACAUAUAAAAUGAAAUAAAUCUUCCUAAUGACUAAAAUAAUAGUUCUUAAAUGGGUAGGUUUUAAGUUUAUAGAUUCUUGCAUGAGCGUAUGUCAUCAGGUAGUUUGUUCUAAAGUUUGGGGGUUGAGACAGCGAAUGCUCUAGAUCCAUAGGUCUUAAGGUUAAAGCUAACAGGAUUCAGACUGAGCAUAAAAGAUGACUGAAGCAAUCUAGACAGUAAGUAGCGGGUGAUUAGGUCUUAAAUGUAGGUUGGAGAUUGCUGAUGCAGAGCCUUGAAGGUAAGUAGUAGAAUCUUGAAAUUAAUUUGUUCAGAAACUGGUAGCCAGUGAAGAUCGAAGAGGAUGGGAGUGAUGUAAUCACACUUCCUGGCGCAUGUUAUCUGUCUACCAGCUGCAUUCUGAACCAAUUGAAGCUGUUUGAUGACAUUUUUAGGGACAUUAUAUAGUAGAGAAUUUCAGUGAUCGAGUUUGGAAGUUACAAAGGCGUGAAUAAGAAUAUCAGUAGUUUGCGUUGAUAAGUAUUUCCUUAUGCGGGAAAUGGUGCGACGAUGAUAAAAGGCAGAUUUACAAACAUUGUUGGCAUGGGGAAGCAUUGACAUGAUAGUGGUAUUGAAGAUAUCGCCAAUAUUUCUUGCAUUUGAAGAGGGCUUGAUUACGUCAGUUCCAAAGCGAAGCGGUGGUAGAGAUUGUUGUGGAUUAUACUUUGAGAAUAAGUAGAGAAGCUCAGUCUUGACUUUGUUUAGUUUUAGUCUGUUGAUGGACAUCCACUUAUCAAUGUCUGAAAGGCCUUCAUUCAUAUAUUUAUUUAGCUUCGCCUAACUAGAAUACAAUCUUCAUACAUGAAUACAUAAAAAUUCUUAGGCAGGGAGACCACUACAGCCUAACCAAUUACAGUGGAUCCCUCGAUAAUUUUAAAAAAAAAAAAUCGUUGAAAAAAAAAAAAACUAGAGCUACUGAUAUAUAAACAAGAAAAUCAAAAGGAAACAAAAGAGAAGUUCAAAUCGCUAGAAGCAGCAUGUUGGCAGGCACAGGAGAGGCCUUGCUAUUUUGCACCUGGGACAGAUUUUUCUCCAGGUUCUGAUUUCCUCAACAUCGUACAGGUCCAGCGCCUUAUUGUAAUAUUGAAGUGGUCCUUAAUCUUAGUGAUACUUUUGGUUAAUAUCUUGUUUUUGCAAUUUUCACUAAUAGCUUAAGCUUCUUGAAAACCCUUUCAGUAUUCAUCUUUGAUUUUGAAAGCAGAAGAAGGUGGGGAAUGUACAAACUGCAAGUAGGACAGGCAUAAGGCAAAGAAAUGAUGUAUUAAAAAGGACAUGCCGGGUUGUCAUUAAGGUUUUAGGUAGGUGGCAAAAGCUUUGGAGUAGGCAGUGAAGGAAAAAAAACUUGCACCACAGGCGCAACUUGCAAGCACUGAAAGUGUAAGUGUAAGUUACUAGGGGGGUCCGGGGACAUGCCCCCUGGCAAAAGGUUUGAAAACUGGGUUGUCAAUAAGGUUUUAAGUAGGUGGCAAAAGCUUUGGAGUAAGCAGAGAAGGAAAAAAAAAAACUUGCACCACAGGGGCAACUUGCAAGUGCUGAAAGUGCAAGUUACUAGCGGGGUCUGGGGGCAUGGCCCGUGGCAAAAGUGUUUAAAUCUCGGCCUCUUAGAAUGUAUUUCCAGCACUCUGGAGCAAAAAUUAGAGUGUUUGAACAGAACACAGACAUCGUUGAAUUUUGGCUUUUGUGGAGGUCAUUUCCAAAGAAAAGUAGGUGGCAAGUUCAUGAGAAAUAGCUGGCUCUUAUUAAGAACCCUGGGAGGGAAGGACUGAUCUCUGUCACCCCUUCAUGACACCUAUACAGCAUGCUGGGACAAUGUUGAUCUGAUCCUGAUAUGAUGAACAAUUCUGCCAGAUUUUUGUUGUAACCCUAUAACGUGAUUAGGGAGGAUUGUUCAUGUUUUUGCUAUCUUUUGUUAUUCUUCCUGCAUUGAUAUGUGACAUGUCUGUUAUUUCAAAUAUUGUGUGGCAUACAACUGAAGAGGUCAUACAACAAAACUAGUUUUGUAAAAUUGCCUAGAUAAAACAGUGUGUUGAAAGAAAAUCUCCAUUAGAUUUUUCUUUUCUCUGUUGACAUAUGCGCAUGCUGUGAUGAACUCUCACUGUUACAGGGACCAGACUAUUCAAAGGGUGAAGCAAAGUACAACAUUUUACACUACUCACAUUUUUUACUUUAUCAUUAAUCAAAUCAUAACAAUAAUAGAAAAUUUAUUCAAAAUUACAAUCUUCUUGGCACAGAACUGUCACUUGAAAUUUAAAUAAGAAGACAGUUACAUGUAAAACAACUGCUUGAAGAGUUGACUUUUCUUGAUUUUUCUAGCUGAAACAAAAUACAUGUUGGGGCCAUAACCAAACAGAAAUCCCUACCAAGGCAAUAUCAGAAAAGAAAGUAUCUUUCUAAUAAUUAUUUGUUGACGUUUAGCCUCUAAGCAAAGUCUUUCCUUGAGGCUCAAAGGAAAAUUGAAAACACUUACUGGGAUCAAGUUACUUGCUGUUUAUUUAAUCAUGAGUAUGAUAACAGACUGAAUUGGAUCAAGUUCAGUUAGCAAUAAAAAUAUUAAUCAAUAAAAUUAUUAAGAUCUUCCAUGAGUUUUUGCAAAACAUUAAAAAAAACAUUGAAGGGCAUGUGCUUGAUGGCACAUACAGUCGACUCCCAGAAACUCGAACCCUCUCUAACUCGAACCUCCCGCUCACUCGAAGCAAUUUUCAUUUCCCUUCGGAUCGUUUUCUAUAUAAUUUUACCCUCGAUAACUCGAACUCCCGAUAACUCGAACUGUUUUUUAUUUCCCUUGAAGGUUCGAAUUAUCGGGAGUCGACUGUAUUUUCAAAAUACUAAUAAUAAUAAUUGGCGUCAUACACUCAACGUGAUGACUUAACAAUGCUGAAAUCAGGGCUGCUGAUAGCCAUUCAGAUCAGAGAAUGUAUCAACUACAAUAAUUUAUUCUAAUUUCUUUAAUUUAUGUCAAAAAAUUCCAAUACAAGAAACAAUAUUAUUCAUCAUGUUAUAUCAGUGAUAGGACCAUUGAUGGCUUUUCACAGGACAGUCACGGUGUUAUUAAUAUUAUUGCAUCAUUUCAACCAUGGUUUACUGGCGUUUAUAAGGCACUGGCGUCAACAAUAGUAAAGCUAUUAACUCCCCCCCAUAAAUAAUUGAUACCAUCUCCUGAAGAGCAGACCAGCAGUAUGCAGUCUAAACAUCAUGAUUAAUAACAAAGUGACCAUCAUGAGACAAAGAUGAACAAGCCUUUCAAAUUUUCAAAACAAAUGGUUGAAUUCCAGGUAAACUAUGGGGUAGCCUGCACUUCUGCAAAAUCAGUAAUAAUGUGAAAACAACUGUCCAUUUCACACAUACAUGCAAAAAUCAUGACAUUUGAAAUCACAAAAUACAAAAACAUGAAUAAAGACCUCAGUCCGCUUCAUGGCCAGUUGCAGUUAUAGGGGAAGGGGGGACUCAAAAAUUUUCUCGCCUUGGGGUACAACCCUUUGCCUAGAUCUGCCACUGAUGAAGGAUAAACACUGUAGGUCCAAUCAUUCUUCAAGUAAAAAGUAUAGGGGCCCUGCAAUAAUAGUACUGUUAAUUAACUUAUCUUAGUUUAGGACAACUUUUUAAAAUACAAAAAUUUAUUGUGGGGGAUUAAGCCAAUAACUAUUCCAAACAUCAUAAAAACAAUUUCCAAAAUUCCGGGCACACUUAAUCUGUUAACUGUUAUAUAAAGUGGAUAUAAACGCACACAAAAAUUAAUGAAGGAAUCCAGUAUUUGAGAUGCGGUGCCAACAACGUUCCCCUCGCACCCCUCCCUUCAAUUUGUGGAUUGGCCUACAAUAGGAUCUAAGAAAAGUACAAACCCAAAGAAUGUUAAAUCCAGGGCCACUGUUCAUUCACUCUAAAACAGCGUUGCCUUUUUCGGAGUUCCCUUAGACAUUCGUUUUGGUCGCCUCAGAAAUUCAUCAAUUGCUCUGAUGCAGUGCUUCCAGGUAUUAAUUUUUUCGUCGGAAGAGAUCGCGUAGACAUCGUACACCGUGUCCUUCACGAAGCGAAGUCGAUCUGGGUCAACUGCUUCUUUCCCUCUUGUACCGGUACAAUUCUUAUUUUCCAGUUCACUUUGGUCAAAAAUAUGUCGCAGCAGCUGCACUGCAAAAUUUCCGAUGGAGCAGCUCUUGCAUUUGAUUUGAGCUAGUUCCUCCGGGGUGAUGUACUCGGGAAGGACUUUCCUUGUAACGAGCGGUGGAGUCGGCCCUUCGUUCUCAUUGUCAGAAUCUUCGCUCGAACCAAGAGUUUUCACCGAAUUAGUAACCAUCGAUGGCGUGUUGGUAUUCAAAGGAGCUUGAGGCCUUGUAGGAGUGUUGAUGGGAGUAGUGGUUUCCACGCGCGGGGAAGGCGAAACGCAAGAAGGCGGAUCAGCUGGAAGUUGUGUGGCGGUGGAGGGUGGCUGCUCGCCUCGCGAGUUUUCACUGCUGUUAAGAAUGGAAACGACCGGAGUAACGCUAACUGAGGUAGGUGUCGUGCCCUGGCUUAGAAAAGAGCCUUGCAGUGUAGGGAAGAAUGAGAAUAGCUGCUCCAUGCCUCGCAUGAUCUUGUUUUGGUUAUGAAGAAUGGUCGCUUGAUUCACCAUGAUGGCGCGUUGGUUUUCCAAUAUGGCGGAGAAGCGGUCUGGAUUCAGGGAGUCGUUUGGAUCCAUAGCCAUGCUUUACGCUUUGUUGCUUUCUGAAGUUGGAGGUUCAAUAGCUGUAUUGUGUUUUAAAGGUUUAAAGGACUAUUUGCGUUCCUUUAAGAUAUUAAAAACCGGGUCUCUUCUCCGGAACGCGAGUGAAACGGCGUCCACGUAAAAGUUAAUCGCGAGUAAACCCGCGUGACCAUGCUGAGGUACCGCGCGACCCACGUGGUACGCGCACAAACGAGGGUGGAAAAUACUUGGGUGUCACGUGAAACAGCUUAUCAAUUGAUUUAAAGAGAGAAUUUCCAGCUUUUUAAAGUGUUUUCUGAUCUCAUUAGUUUCUUUUAUUGUAGUAGAGGCUCACUAAUAUGAUACCAUUAAGCCUUUAAAUUUCUGAAAUAAGGUGAAGUAACCAAAGUUUAAAAAGUACGGUAUUGCAAAUUAUUGUCAAAGCAAGAUUGAUUGUAGAUGGUUUUUUUCAGUGGUCUUAAUUUUUUAUCAACAGAAGAAUUUAGACUUUCCACAAGUGUUGCAACUUUGGCAAAAUUCAUCAUUGAUAUAUAUGUUGCCUUAAUUUUUUUUAUUUUAAUUAAUUUUUGGUUUGGUUUUGGUUUUGGUUUUAUAAAAUGUUUUUAUAAUGUUAUUAAUUUUAUAGCUUUGCUUUGGUGUGACUGUGCAUUAGGUCAGUUUGUGCAAUGGUACAACCUAGUAUAACUAGACUUCUUACACCAAUUCCACUCCACUUUGAUGAGCAAUGGUUAUAAAAGUUGUAUAUUAUUUCCUUCAGAUUUAUAAGAUUUUGCACCCUUGGAGAAUGCCAUGAUGCAGUUUCCUUGCUCCAUGGCCGUCUCCUUGGUAACCGGACUAUAACUGUGGAAUAUGCCUGUGAGACCAAAGACAGAUUACAAGGAGAGGAUCCAAGUGAUUUGCCUCAAGACAGUGAGUACACCUUUAGUACAUUAACUGUGUGUAAAAUUUUUACACGUGAACCACCAACCAUAACGAGCUGCACGGUCUUAGCAACCAAAAAAACUCCUCAGUAUCCAGCUGAGAUAGCUGAGUAAAAGUCAGCUAUCUCAGCUGGAUACCCAGUAGCUUGCAACAUUCCCUAUUCCCUUAAUCUCUGAUCGUAUUUCGCAUCUAAUAUGAUAGAGGCGUCAAUUUUCACGCAAUCAUGUCAUCAUCCUGAGGCGACAAAUAAAAUUAAUUAAAAAUGCGGUAUCAAACAAAAUGUCCGGAAAAAAUAAUUCUGUGCCUUCUAAAAAGAACAUUUUAAAGUCUGCGGUCGAUUUCAUUGCCAACGUCUUAUAUAUCCCAGAAGCGCUCAGGCAUAAUAACAUCAUGCUAGGACUUCUACCUGGGUGAACCAGAAAGGAUAUAGAACAACUGCCUAAUUUUUUUUUUUCGCUACGGAUCGAAACGCUAAACGUGUUAUAUAUCCCAGAAGCGCUCAGGCAUAAUAACAUCAUGCCAGGACUUCUACCUGGAUGAACCAGAAAGGAUAUAGAACAACAGCCUAAUUUUUUUUUUUCGGCUUCGGGUCGAACGCUAAACGUGUUAUAUAUCCCAGAAGCGCUCAGGCAUAAUAACAUCAUGCCAGGACUUCUACCUGAGUGAACCAGAAAGGAUAUAGAACAACUGCCUAAUCAUGUUUCUUUUUCGGCUACGGAUCAAAAUAAUAGACGUGUUAUAUAUCCUAGAAGCGCUCAGGCAUAAGAACAUCAUGCCAGGACUUCUACCUGGGUGAACCAGAAAGGAUAUAGAACAACUGCCUAUUUUUUUUUUUCGGCUACGGAUCGAAAUGCUAAACGUGUUAUAUAUCCUAGAAGCGCUCAGGCAUAAUAACAUCAUGCUAGGACUUCUACCUGGGUGAACCAGAAAGGAUAUAGAACAACUGCCUAAAUAUUUUUUUUCGGCUACGGAUCGAAAUGCUAAACGUGUUAUAUAUCCCAGAAGCGCUCAGGCAUAAUAAAAUCAUGCCAGGACUUCUACCUUGGUGAACCAGAAAGGAUAUAGAACAACUGCCUAAUUUUAUUUUUACGGCUCCGGGUUGAAAUGCUAAACGUGUUAUAUAUCCCAGAAGCGCUCAGGCAUAAUAACAUCAUGCCAGGACUUCUACCUGGGUGAACCAGAAAGGAUAUAGAACAACUGCCUAAUUUUUUUUUUUUUUUUUGCUACGGAUCGAAAUGCUAAACGUGUUAUAUAUCCCAGAAGCGCCAGGCAUAAGAACAUCAUGCCAGGACUUCUACCUGGGUGAACCAGAAAGGAUAUAGAACAACUGCCUAUUUUUUUUUUUUUUUCGCUCACGGAUCGAAAAUGCUAAACGUGUUAUAUAUCCCAGAAGCGCCAGGCAUAAUAACAUCAUGCCAGGACUUCUACCUGGGUGAACCAGAAAGGAUAUAGAACAACUGCCUAUUUUUUUUUUUUUUUUCACGGAUCGAAAUGCUAAACGUGUUAUAUAUCCCAGAAGCGCUCAGGCAUAAGAACAUCAUGCCAGGACUUCUACCUGGGUGAACCAGAAAGGAUAUAGAACAACUGCCUAUUUUUUUUUUUCGGCUUUUUCACGGAUCGAAAUGCUAAACGUGUUAUAUAUCCCAGAAGCACUCAGGCAUAAGAACAUCAUGCCAGGACUUCUACCUGGGUGAACCAGAAAGGAUAUAGAACAACUGCCUAAAUAUUUUUUUUCGGCUACGGAUCGAAAUGCUAAACGUGUUAUAUAUCCCAGAAGCGCUCAGGCAUAAUAACAUCAUGCCAGGACUUCUACCUGGGUGAACCAGAAAGGAUAUAGAACAACUGCCUAUUUUUUUUUUUUUUUUUUUUUCGCUACGGAUCGAAAUGCUAAACGUGUUAUAUAUCCUAGAAGCACUCAGGCAUAAUAACAUCAUGCCAGGACUUCUACCUGGGUGAACCAGAAAGGAUAUAGAACAACUGCCUACUUUUUUUUUUUUUACACGGGUCGAAUGCUAAACCUGUUAUAUAUCCUAGAAGCGCUCAGGCAUAAUAACAUCAUGCCAGGACUUCUACCUGGGUGAACCAGAAAGGAUAUAGAACAACUACCUAAAUUUUUUUUUUUUUUACUACGGAUCGAAAUGCUAAACGUGUUAUAUAUCCCAGAAGCGCUCAGGCAUAAUAACAUUAUGCCAGGACUUCUACCUGGGUGAACCAGAAAGGAUAUAGAACAACUGCCUAAUUUUAUUUUUAUGGCUACGGUUUGAAAUGCUAAACGUGUUAUAUAUCCUAGAAGCGCUCAGGCAUAAUAAUAUGCCAGGACUUCUACCUGGAUGAACCAGAAAGGAUAUAGAACAACUGCCUUUUUUUUUUUCUGGCGUCCGAAGUUCUAAACUUGUUAUUCUUAGAAGCGCUCAGGCUUAAUAAUAUGCCAGGUUUCCAGCGACUGAUUUUACCUGAUUUUGCGGUGCGCAAGAAUGGAUAAUUUACCCGACUUGUAAACAGAUAUUUCCUUCAGCCGAUUGUGUCUCAUGCAGGAGAAUGUCAUGUCUGCGUUGUUUUGUUUCUACUUUAUCAAAGAAAGCUUAAUAGGAAGAUCGCAAUUUAUACUCUUACCAACUAUAAAUUAGGGCUGACCUUGAAGACACGUUGAAUUGUGCCACCAUCCUUCAAAAUAUAAUCUGGCUGCGUUUAGGGAGACAAUUUCCUCUUCCAUCCAGGUUUACUUGGUAUAUGUGUUUGCGAGAAUCUUCAGACAAAGAAUUGGGUAUACACUGAUUCGAAUGGCUUGGCGAUACUAAGUGCUUAAGUCUACUUACCGAUUACAACAUGUUUUGGAAGUAUUGAGAAGCGCGCCAAACGAGGUUGUCACAGCGUUCUCGAGCGAACACGGCGCGACCUGGAUUGAUAAAAUUACUAUUACAUGCAGCUAUCAUGCCAGUGAUUUCUCCUUUCGUCGCAUAGUGAAUAGUUUGUGAGCACAUCCUCGACUCUCGAAACAUUUGUCUUGCGCCGCUAUAGAAGUUGCUUCUCCCGCGAACCAUAGGUAGAUUUCCCGCUUAAUCUAAUGUUUGAUAAUUUAUGCAAAAGUUGACCUCGUGAAAGUCAGCAGUGCAUUAAUCGACUCAAAAAUAAACAGACUUCCUACAGGGUUUUGAACACGGUUUUAAUUAAAGUACUUUACGAGCGCUGCAGUAGUUGACCGCAAAAGUGUUACGGUGAUGGAUAUUCAACUGGAUGAUUGCGUCACUUCAUAGCAACCAGACGGUACGAAUUUUUUAACUUCCGGAGCGCUGAGGCUCGUAGUGCAGGGCUGUGCACUUUCAGCUUAUGAAUAAAUGAUAUGUUAUUUCUUUAAAACAAAGUAAAAAAUAGAAGUUCAGAGGCGUGUUUGUGUAGUAAAACUAAAGUGACAAGCAAAAAUUCGGUAAUUUUGAAGAACCUUCAAAAAUGACCAAAAAAUCAAGGUGUCAUUCUUGCACUGAAACCUUCAAUGCCAACCCUCCUGGUUUAUCUGGCUCCUAGAUACGGAACCAAUCUUCUGGUCUCCCUUAAGGUCGCCAAAUCUCUUGGAUAAGAUCUACUUUUGGAAUUUAGUUUGGAAUUUAACCCAUUUCCACCAAAAAUUUGAAUCAUUUUCGAUAUUCAUAGUUCAGUUUCUGGGGCAUUAAAUUUUUUGCUUAAUGUUUUUUUAUUGUUAAAAUAGUUAUAAUAUUUUCUUUUAAGUGAAUUUUGAUGGUCUGUACCUGAUGUAAGACCUAAAUGUCCUAACCCUUACCUGUGUUACAAUUAAUAUUUGAAGGCUUUGGUCGAUUUGUGUUUAUCAGGGGGGAAGGGUUGGCUGUUGAUAUCUUGCAAGGAGGGGGUUAAAGUAGAAGUGAGAGUCCCCAGGUCUUAGAUCUUCAGAGGUUAAAUCCAUAAAGGAAACUUUGAUGUUUUGGCUGCAUUGAUCUGGGAAAAUAUACCAAUCCAUGUUCCAGUGCCAGGUGGAUAUUGGUGAGUUAAAAAAGCAAAACUUUGCUGACAUUGUUGCUUACAUUUUCACUCAUUGGCUUACAAGUUUACACAUAGAGGGCAUCACCAUAUAAACAGAUUAAGCUCAGAAAUUGAAAGAACUGGUUGACUUGAGCAAUUUUUGGAAUUUUCAGCUCUUUGCUAGCUGUAUAAACCAUAAAAAUCUGCAAAAUUGCCGGAUGGCAAAACCUUAAUGAGCCAUACAUUUUGUGUGAACUUUUGAGGUCUUGAAAGAGAAUUUGUCCAAAUUUUCAGCCAAUGUGGCUAUGCAAUUCCUCCUUUAAUAUCAAAGAGUUUAAGCUUCACAUAUACGGCAAAGAGCAAACAUUAGUUUCAAGUUGAGAAUUUCUCAAAAUAAAAAAUGAACAGAUAUAAACAACCCAGAAAAUUCUUAUGGAUUGCAUGAAACCACUAAUUUAUGUGUAGAAAUAAUUAAUAGUGGGCGACAGGCAUAAGGGAAAAUUAAUGUUUGCCAUUUGACGUAAACAUGAUGAUUAACCUAUCUAUGCAGAGAUGUUAUUUUAAUAGCUUGAUCAGAGAAUGAAACUAUAUUACUUAGUAAACGCAAGUAAGGAGCACCUAGUUUUUUUUUUAUUUUUCAUGUUGUUUACUGUGAUUUUUGCACAUUCAAAUAGGUAAAAACUGCUUUUUUCUUUUCCCUUGUUAUCUUGAAAACUGUACAUUUUUAGAAAGUUAAAAUAUGUUUUUCAAACAUAGUUACCUUGUGGGGUUUUUGUGGUAAAUUAUCAGAAUUGGCAAUUUUCUGAGCCUGGCCAGCCAUUUGUAGUUAUUCCACUCACUCAGACUCUUAAAUGCUGGGCACCCUGUAUUCCAUAGGUUCUUGUAGCUUUGGGCCUCCCUGAAUUUUUCUCAAAGUGUACUGAAUGUUUGUGAAAGAAUGUAAUAUGUUGGUUUGUAAGCAUAAAAACCAUAGUCCUGAAAAGAAUGUAGGUAGUGUCCUUUUUUGUGUUUUUGCAUGACCUGUUGGCAUAACAUAUAGUGACCAAUUUACAUGUUUUGAUAAUCUCGUACCCAGAUCUCUUGUUUACAAAGCUGAAGGCAAGAUCUGGCCAAGUAGAAAAAUUCAAUUUUUUUGAUUGGCUAGACUGUGAGUGAAUGACGUGAGAGUGGUCUCCUGCACUACUGCUCCUGUGCAAUUCAUUCUUUGCAAAGUCUUCAGUAGUUCUGUUCAAAAUAUUUUCACUGAUGAAGUAGUCUUUGUCUCAACAUAAGUUGUAAAACCGCUUUUAUCUCAUCUUUAAAGACUUGUUAAAACUCUCUCUUUUGGUAUCAAAAUUAAGACCUUUGAAAUGGGUAAAAUAAUUCUUGCCUAGAAGAUGACACUUACUGCUUUGAGCACACACUAUGAUAAUUAAAUUUUAACUCACUAGCUGUGGCUUUGAAUUUGAUGUUACAUAGAAAAGCAACAACAAAUUAGUUUUUCAUACUUAAGAUAUGCAUAUAAACACGUUCUGUUAAGAGAAAACGUCACGGCUCUAUUUUGAGCAUGUGCUAUUUUUUCGCCAGUCACAUUCCUGACAGGGGAUCACGUGUACAAACUAGAUUUGACCAGAUCUCGCCUUUGGCUUCAUCAACAAGAGAUCUGGAUACCAGAUUAGGGUUUUGACUUCAUAUUAAACUGAUCCUUUAUAUUUGUUGUGCUUCAAUGUGUUAUCCUUGGUUUAAAUUUUAUUUUCUUUUGUUCGAACUCAUUAUCUUGUAUUACUAUACCCAAAAACAAAGGAAAUUAAAAUUUAAACCAAUAAUAAAAUUGAAUCACAACAUAUUCAUGUGAAAGUGAGGAAUCUUGUAGUCUUGUUUGUGAAAAGGAGCCCACAUUUGUUCAGUUUAGGAGCUUAAAGAAGCAUUUCUUUCACAAGUCCUUUGGCCUUACUAUUGAAACCAUUGAGACUGUUUUCUGCCAGUUAUUUGGGCAACUUUUAGAUCAUCUUGCCCCAUUUAGAAAGGUUAAAAUCCACAGCUGUAUAUUUAUUUUGGUUACACGAAAACCAAACUAUAAUAUCCCCCUCCACCCACUCCCCUCCCCCCCCCAAAAAAAAAAUAUACUAGCAAAAGUAUUAUAUUCGUCUCUGCUAGUAAUGGAUCAUUUGCAACAAAAUGUUGGUAAACAGCUAAGUCAUGCACGAUCCCUGACAUUUGUUUCAAAAUUUUAAAUGGUUAAUAUCGCACAAAAAAAAUAAUGUCUCAAUUUGAGGCAUCUGAGUUUCAUUAUUUCUAUUGAUAUUUACACCUGUAACAUGAAAUUGCUAACUUUGAAGUUUGAGGAUGAGCUAUGAAUUUUACCAAGCAAGAAUAAGUUAACUCUGUUGUUGACCUGACUGCAUGUGUUGCUCUUUCUACAGAGAAGGACAAACUUUUGAGGAAUGAUUAUCCAAGGGUUGAGCAUUUAUAUCGGUCCAUGUCUACUGAGGAGUCCCAGGAGAAAAUGAUCCUUUGGAAGCUACGUUGCUCUGCAACAAGACUGAAAUCCUCUACAGCUAUAAGUGGACAAGGUACAAGGAAAUUCAAACGGUGCAUGCAUCUUUAGUUAAAACUUUUCCAGUAAUCUUUUUACUGUUGUAUUGGUCAACUUUGGCAAGUACUCCUCCAGAGAGAGCCCAGUAGCCUAAGUUAUGUUUUGAUGUUGUGUCACUGUUUUCUUCUAAAAGUCAUCAACAGAAACUAGAGCGCUUUAAUAAUUUAAAUUUAUAUUCCUCAAGAACAUCAUAAGUAGAGCUGCAACAGUACACCUGAAAUGUACCCAUGACCUACCACAUUUUUCCUGUGAUAUAAAUAUGGAUAUUUCAACGAGUUAUCACACCCAUGUUAUGAUGAAGGAUGUCACUAAGAUUUCAGUUUGGUGGGUUAAAGUACAACAAGUAGGCGGGGAAUCAAAGAACUAGGGAUUUCGUUUAGUUUUAUUUUUCUCUUUUUUUAUUUUCCCAUGAAAGUAGCUGGGGACCAUGUUCAUAGUUUAGCCAGGGGAAAUCCCUGGUCCCAGGCUCUUAAUGACAGCCCUGUAUGAUGCAAGAGAAAUAUGCUACAUCGAAAAAAUUGUGAAAUCAGUGCCUUAAAUUAUUCCUUGCCCCUGCCCUGCAUUUUAGCUUUUGUAGGACUAACAGUAACCAGCCCUGCUUUGCAUGUUUUUCAUGGUGUACAAAUCCAUGCAUGUAUUUGCACCUUGUCAGCUCCACCCCUCACAUGCAAAAACACUUAAUUUGUCAGCACAGCUUCGUAAUAAAUUAUGUUGGUAACUAGUCUUGUCACACAUUGGAAUGUAUCAUAUGAUGUAUUGUUUUGUGACCCUUAGAUUGCGAUCACUUUUGUAUGAUGCGAAAAUGUUUCAUUGCAGUCCUAUCUCUAAGAUUGUUUCUUUACCUUUUAAGCUUUAGCUAAGAACGAGUUUGCCUCAGUAGGUGUCAUGUGUAACUUCCAUGUGAAGGUUGUUUUUUCAUUAUAUUUAUCUAAUUCUCAAGUUUUUUUUCUAGAAAACAAAGAAGAGCUUAUGAAUAAAAUUCAGGAAAUAGUCAGGAAAGUAGCCAGUCUUUCUGCAGAUACACACACACUGCCAUCUGGUUCAGAGGGAUCUCCAUGCUCACCUUGGAUUCUCAGAGAGUUAAAUGGGUAAUGAGAUGUUCAUUCUAGUUUCUUCUUGCUUUUCUAGUACUGUCUAUUACACAUUUGGUAUUACGUUUUCCAGGAGUUUCCUUUUGCACGUCUCUUCAUCAUUAUUAUUUACAGUGAAAGCUCUCAUGAGCGGACAUCCUCAGAACACGAAAAAGGUGUCUGUUACCAAAGCUGGCCACUUCCAGGGAUGUAAAAAUAUAGAGAUUUUAUGGGAGUUAAGAAAAACUGGGUUUUGUGAAGGCGAACGUAAGCAGAGCUGUCCGCUUUCGAGAGUGUCUGUUAGGAGAGCUACCACUGUAAUGGUUAUUAAUGUUGAUUCUCUUUUAAAGUGUUCUUGAUUUGUUGCCCCCUCCCUCGACUGGUAACACCCUCUGCUUAUUAAAUGGUUGUCGCUCCAAAUGGGUAAGAAAGAAGGAAUCCUAUGUGUUCUGAUUGGUUCCCUGAGUGCGAAAGACGGGCUUGCUAAGGAUUUCCGGCUCAAGAUCUAGAAUGGCAAGAAACACAAAAUGAAUUCGGCAACUCCGUUUAAGUCCAUAAAAAUGCAAAAUCGAAUUUGGCCUAAUAAUGCCAUGUGCAUGCAGAAGACAAAUUAAUGUCAGGCUGACAUACUGACUUUUUGAUAGACUGACAUGAUGACAAGCUGACAGUUAGGUUGAUUUGCUGCGGACAGGGUGACCGGCUAACAAGUUUGCAAAAGGAUGUGCCAAUCAGGGCUGUCAUUAAGUUUUGAAGCAGCCGCAGCAAGUGAAGAUUCACCCUUAACAUCUCACAAAAAUUUAUAGUGCCACCUUAAGCUUUCCACUUUGAUCACCCUUAACAUCAGCUGAGCUCAGCCGUAACAGGUAUAACGGGUUAUGGCCCUUAAUUAAAGCUCUGCCAAUAAAGGAAAGUAAACGAAACUAACGUCAGUAACUUUACUUUUCUAGAAAUUCUGGGCCUGAACAAAAAGCGCAGUCCUUGAGUGCAGUACAUCUCACAGACAAUUGCCAAGAGCAGUACAGAGGGUUUGGCAGUAUUCAACCUCAAGUGACUGGCUCAGCUGCAAUCGAUGGAGCUAACAAGAAAGAGCUUUUAGAAACUCCACAGAGACAUGAACGCUCUCCUGAAGCAAGUUCUCUGCCCUUUUCUCCUCCUGACCUUGCCAGAAGCAUUGGAUUGGGCCCAGAUAACGAUUCCUUAACCUCUGGUUCCCCGGGUUCUCCACCAAAGGAUGCAUGUAACAGCUCACUGAGCGACUCUGUCAGUGUUGGUUCAACUUCACCAGAAAGACCAACCGGGCAGCAUUGUCAGUUUCGUCACAGUGUGAGCCCCUCUCAUGGACAUGCCUCCGAGUCAAGUCAGUCAGAAAGCACAAGUUCUUCACCCUCCCGGCAAUUGUCAUUAUCGCCUGGUACAAUUUAUCGCGAAGAAGAGGAAAUCUCGAAAAAACGAGAUGACUGUCCCUCAGUGGCUGAACAAGGCACGGAUAAUAGUCAGUAUGGGCUGGAAACUUGUGCUGGAUAUACAAAUAAUCCUGAUAGCAGAUGCCAUGGUCCACCCAGCAGAAAUCAUUACAGUGACAUGGGCUUGUGUUCCUUUGACUCCGCUAGAGAUUGUAGUACCAAGCCAAGCGGUAUAACUAGUCAACUUGGCAAUCACCAUGAACACCAGCAACCUAAAGCUGCUGUGAAUAGCGGUUUUUUCAGAGGACAGAAACAAGCACAAUUUUCAGCAGUAACCUCUCAGGAGAGCCAAUCACAACAAGGCAGCCUUGAGGAUCCGAUGAAUAAAGGCAGACACGCUAAUUCAUCCCCUGUUCACCACGGCCUAAUGACCGACCCUCCUUAUCCUGUGGUCACUAAUUUAGACGUAGUAAACCAGAAACUAGCACCAAAUUCAUCAGGAAUGGUUGACCCUAAACCACCAUUGGUAUCAACUCAACACCCCAGUUCAGAGCAGAUAAGAGGGCCACCCGUUGUCCAACAUGGUUUACCACGUGCCCCUUUUUGCCCUGAGAAUGCUUCUGUUGGUAAGGAAGGGCAAAGAAAGACACAGAAUUCCUCAGCAGUCAUCCAGCCACAACAAGCCUCUGUGCCUAGGCAUCACCUAAAUCAGGAGAAAGUGCAAAUUGUUAGUGAAGCAAUUAAACCCAUUACUCAAAAGGGUCCACCGACUGGGAACAGUGGUGUUGACAGGGAAGGUUCCAGUAGGACAUACGUUUUCUCAGCAAUGACUGAGCAACAACAAGCAGGUGUGCCUAGUCAUCACCUAAUUCAGAAUAAAGCGCAAGUUGUUGAUAAUGGAAAUACACCGUUUGCCCAACAGGAACAACUGAAAGUUGUCCAGGGUCAUGAAAACACUAGUGUUUCCAAAGAGAUUCAGAGAAGGAUGCAAUAUUCCUCAGCUGUCACUCAGUCACAACAUGCUUCUCUGCCUAGUCAUCACCCAAGUCAGGAGCAAGUACGAGUUGUUAACGACGUAAAUAAACCCUCUGCCCAGCAGGGACACAUGAGAUGCCCUGUUGGUCCAAUGAGUACCAAUGUAGCAGUGGUUCCUCAUCCUCAGCAAGCUCCUGUGCCUAGUCAUCGUCCAAAUCAAGAGAAAGCGCAAGUUGUUAAUGACAAAAAGAACCCCUUUGUUGGCCUUUCAUUAUCAGGUAAACCUUCUGCUAAAAACGGCGACGUAGAUAACAAAGGGCAAACAAGACACGAACAGUAUUCCCCUGACAAACCUGAGCCACAACAGAGCUACGUUCCUAAACAACACGUCAACCAACCCUUUGCCCAGCAUUCACUAUUUGGUUUUCCACCUCUGGCUAAAUUGCUAGGGCAGAGCCAACAACUUCAGGCCAUGCAGUUGGCAAACUUGAUGGCAUCUGGAUGGCAUCAGCCUGGGUUUCCAAGGCACCCAUUUUUCACUCCUGGUAUAUUUAACCCAGGGAACUUGCAAGGGUGGAAUCCAAAUCCUCUUUUGCAGCAACAGCUUGGCAGCUUCACGGAUGCCAUUUGGAUCACCCUUCCAUGGAGAAGAGCGUCAAGUAAGGCCCAGGUUUGGCUUUGGAGUAAGGAAUCCAGUGUCACGACAAGGACAAAGACAUCAGGUUCCUGUUGGCAGAGGAUCAAACUUUGCUCCAAGAUUUCGAAAUCCUGUUACAGCCAAUGUUAAAGCUGCUGCGGAACCAGAGAAGAGCGUUUCUGAUAUGUACAAACUUGCAAGCGUAGACCCUAAUUUGAUUGAAGUCAAAAGUGAAUUUGACGUAGACGGCUGUAAGAAAGAGAAAAAUACGGCAAGUGAUUCACCAAAAGACAGUGGUUUGAUUCACCAAAAGACAGAAAAGCAGCCAACCACACCAUACAAUACCAAAGCCCAUGUGGAGUCAGCAGGACAAGCACUGGUGGCUCCAAGACAAUCUCAAGAAAAAAGUCCAAGUGCCGAAAAAUUUAAAGCAAUUUCUCCAAUGUCAGAUACUGCCAACUCACCUCCAGGCUCCGUUUUUGACACGUCGCCUUCAAAGAUGACCCAGAGUGAGAUACAUCUCAAGGAGGAAAAAGCAGAAUUAAAACGAAUUGUCAAAGCAAAUGAAAGGCUGAGGCAAUGUAUAGACUGGAAUAACUCAGGAGGGAUUUCCUAUGAUAUUGCUAAAGAGAAAAGGUGAUUGCCCCCUUCCUUUUGUUUAUAGGAAGCUUAAGCAACGACAACGAGAACAGCAAAAAUGCAAUAGGUUUAGAUCAUGAUUGGCAGAACAACAACUCUUGCACUUGCAUCGCGCUUUUUUGGACAUUUCUUAGCCGUCGUUGCACGACUACAGCGUGAAAGUGCCUUACUUCGUGUUUUGUGUCGCCAUCGUCGUUGCUUAAGCACCCAAAUGUAUUUAUUUUUUUACGUUCCUAUAUAAAUUGUUUUUUGACGUUCUUGUUGCCAUCGUCGUCGUGGUUUGGUAAACUCGAAUUACCUCUUGAAUCAUUAUAUUGUUUUCACGCCGCCUUUUACUGGUACAUCCAAGGAGCUGUUUGAUACAAACUCCUUGUUUUCUAGCUACAACUAGUAUGUUAAAGAUUGGACUCUAUGUCUAAAAGUCUGAGCUUUUGUAAAGUCGUUUUUGCAACAACCAGUAUUUGAGUUAAGAAUUUGUUGAUGAUAGCUUUAAAAUUCGCAACCCUUGACGUUAGACUCAGUCAGCUCGAAAGUGAAACCUCUGAGUUGAUAAAAAGAAGUCAGAACUCACCUUACUUCAUCACUGAUAACUAAAGGUAAUGUUACAGAGACGAUUCGCAACAAUGGUUUUUAGCUCAGCAAAAAUCUGCAGCAUUGCUGCGACAUUGUUCCAACAUUGCAACGCUGUGUUGCACUAAAAAUCGUCGUUGCGAAUCGUCCCGUGCCACAUCACCUUUACAUCUGUCGGUAAUUGUUACAUGUGUGUUUAUGCUAAGUUUGUUUUUGUCUGUGUUUUCCAGGGACUCCUUGAGGGCCGAGAUUCACAAUAAAGAAGUGCAGCUUCAGAAGGAGAAAGAAAUUAUCAUUGCUAGGUGUGAUAGACACUUUUAAACUGUCCAUUGAUGUUUUGUUUCGUUUUGUCUUUUACUCUAACAUACUGUAGAAAUCGCCCAAUGUCAAGCCUAAAUAAUUGUUCCUCUUUUGUUGUGCACUUAUUCCGUAAAGUUCAUAAGAGCCAAGUUGUUAUUAGUCUCCAAUCUUUUUAGCGGAAUUUGAAUUAGAUAGUAAGAAAAAGAGAACUUGUCAAGUAGUCGAAGAAAUAAACUCGUUUUUGAUAAGUCGUUUGUAAAAAUUACAAAUUAUAUAAACCCAGCAGGAAGGGUAAAGAAAGCAACUCCUGUUGUCCCGUUUCCCAUGACUCUUAGGGUGCUUUCCAUUUGUCAGAACUGACCGGCCAGAUCAUUCCCGUUGUAAUGAGAAUUUCACUUGUAAUCAAAGCUAUCUAGCCAGAUUAGUCAAAUCCUACAUAGAAUGCACGAAGGACAGGGGUUUUUUUAACCAAAAACUCUUGGUAAAAGCCUAUUUCAGUGUCAAAAUGACCGGUCCGGCCAUGGUCCGGCCGGCCAAUUUUGACUUUUGGCAAGCACCCUUAGUCUACCUUCAUACGAGUAGCUGUUUUAAUCCAACGUUUCUACUGUAGUAACGUUUUACAGUUAGAAAACUAAUUGCAAAGACAAACAUAAAUUAGUUAAAUGGGCUAUACCUGUUUGUUUCCUCUUUCUACAGAAAAGCUGAACAAGAGAUUUUAUAUGAGAGAGAGAAACUCGAAGCUGCUUUUGAUCAGCAACUAAAGAAAGAGGUUUGUAGUGACUCUAAAUGUCCACCUCGCUUCUUCUCUGAGAACCGUAGGAAUGUAUUUAUAUUUAUUAUAUAGAUACUGAUGAAAUACCAGGAUUUUUCCUUUUACUAAAAAAUGAUAUCGUCAUCGCGCGCAGUGAAGAUACUAUUUUUAUCUUUCACGUGUUAGGAUAUUGGUAUGGUUACUAACAUGAUAAGCCAAUUACAAGAGAGCUUCCCGCCCUACUAUUGUCUUUAUUUCUCCUUUAUAACUUUAUGUCCGAGUUUCAUAACAUUUUUAUGAUAGGCAUUUUGCGAUGGGUGACCACUUCUGAAUUGCACUAUUUUGCUGUUUCGAAAAUGAAAAAAAAAGUUGUGUUUUACGUAGGAAUUUCAUCAGUAUCUAUAAAAUAAACAGAACAUUACGUGGCCGCUUGGGCAUACGAAUUUUAUCUUCUCGUGCUGAAAGUAUCCGAGAGAUACUUUCAGGGCAUACGGCCACGUAAUUUAUCGUUCUGGUGUCCUGAAUAGGACUGUUGUUGAUCUCUCCGGUUUCACUCGUGAGAGACAAGGAGCUUUCAAAUGCUGCGACUGCCAGGCCACUUACAUUGGUGAAAACCGGUAGAAACCUUAGCACGCCACUGGCUGGACACAAACGAGCGACAUGAAAUAAUGACGUCAACGAUCACAUUGCUGAACACCAUUUACAGACAAAACGUCAAAUCGACUGGAACUCUCUCACCUGUAUUACGUAUUCUACACACCACUAUCAACGUCUCAUUUUAGAAAGGUGGUUUACUAACUUAGAACAAACGCCACUCAAUCGUCAAUCGUACAAACAACUUAUUGACGGACUUAAGCAAAAGUAACUACUAGAGAAUCACUGGACAGCCAACAAUUUGACUAACAAUAAACGACUAUUUAACUGUACCAACAGACAGAUCAGAUAUCCAAUUACAUCACUUAACUGACAGACGACCAAUAAAUCGCGACUUAAUUGACCAACCAGGUUAAUAGCCAGAGUUAAAUACCAUCAACUUACGUGAUACAACUCUCUUUGACUCAAGGUAACUACAGUACAAGUUGUCGAAACGUCAGUCACUGUCAACAACAGUCCUAUUCAGGACUACGUUCACCCGGACAAUCAUACUCAACCUACUUGUGAAAUGACUCCUGGGUUGAAACCUUUCACAAUGUAUUUAUGAUAUGGUUUUGCGGUUUCCAUGUUUUACAAGAAAAUUGUAUAUCUCUGAGGUCUGUAACAAUUGCUAGAGAAUGUUCGAGGCAACGGAGAUUCAAUUGCCAUAUUUUUAAAUAUGUAGUUUUAUUUAUUUAUUUAUUUAUUUAUUUAUUUAUUUAUUUAUUUUGUAGCUUGAGACAGAGAAGAGGCUUGGUGAAACAAAAAAUAAGAUUUACCUGGCAAGACUAGAGAACGAACUCCUGAGAUGCCAUCAAGACCUCCACGGCGUAAUCGCAAUUGCUGAAAAAACAUUAGUUCAUUUUUGAAUAUGAUUAUUCUGGAAUCAAAAUUGCGUGUAGCAUUGGGACUGUGCAUGGUAGCCGAAUUUGUGAUAGAUCAUUUCCACAGAGCCGGGUGUACUUGGACCCAUUCAUUCUUAUACUAAUCCACUGGCCCUGGUGUCUCCUUAAAUUCCUUUAUUUAUCUGUGUGAUAUUUAAGUGAGAUUAUCACUAAUUUAGCUUGGUUAUCAUGGGUUUGCGUUUUAAUAAGUUGCGUAUUUAUAUUGUACGGAAAGGACAUGUUGAUGGGAAAGGCAUACUUCAUUACAUUUUGUGAAGCUACAGACUAGCUAUUAAAUAAUUGUUUAAAAGCAUAUAAUAGUCAAGUUUAAAACUGCAUAUGCUUUUAGUAGAAGAGUUAAGG